UUUUUCUUAUUUUUCAGGCCAGAUAAAUUUUUCUAAUUUGAAUUUUAUUUCAAAAAUUAUGGUUCAACCUAGUGAAGCAGUUAAGGAUUACAGGUUCUUUUUGUUUUUAUUUAAGUUUAAACUUUUAUUUCUAAGGAAAGAGCUCUUUAAGCUGAAAGGGAAUGACAAACUUCAAAUUAAUUUGCUUACAAUUUUGGCAGAGGACUAUGCUUCUUAUUCUAGUGAAAUUGUUGGAGUUAUUGAAGAAUCUCUCUACAAGUGUUCUGUUCCACUCAAAAUUGUUAUGUUAUACGUGAUUGAUUCAAUAGUAAAGAACAUUGAAAAGACUGGAGGUUAUCGUAAACUAUUUGCCAAGAAGAUUGUUGACAUGAUUGUUCAUGUAUUCAAGGAGGUGGACAUCUCUUGA